AUGAAUAAUAUCACUGAUAUUGUGUAUGAAAAUGCAUCUUUCUAGAUGGUUUGUCAACGUAGAAAUACUCGCAAAGAACUCACUUACUUUUUGUAUGUAAUAGAUAACCAUUUGAUUUUGACUCAAGUAUUUCUUAGGUAAUAUUAGAAAAGGAACUUAAUUCCCAAUAACCAAAAUAUGUUCUUGAAAUUAAUCUUUAACAAAAAAUCUACUGGUAAUAGGAUAGACAAAAAAUUACACAAAUGGGAUUUGAAAACAAAGAUGAGGUUAAGUAUUUUGAUGGAAACUUUGAAGAAUUUAAAUAAUUAAAGAGAUUACUAAGAAAUAGAGUAAUGUAUAGAGAUGUGAGUGAUUUCUAUUUACCUAUCAAAUAAAUAGGAAGAGGAGGUUCUUCAAGAGUAUUCUAUUAUUUAUUAUAUACAAAGGUUUAUCUUGUAAUGGAUAAAUGCGACAAACAAGAAUUCGCAUCCAAAAAUGUUGAGAAGAGAUAUCUAAGAGAAGAUGGAGGCUAUGUAUAAAUAUCUGUUUAUAAUCUAAUUAGGAAGCUUUAUUUAAUGAAAUUAAUUUGAUGGCAGCUCUUGAUCAUGAAUAUAUAGUAAAGAUGGAGGAAGUAUAUGAAGGAGAAACUACAUUUUAUCUUAUAUUAGAAUACUUGAAAGGAAAUUCUCUUCAUGAUUUGAUUUCUAAAGGAAUCAUAUAAUUAGAUUGGGAUGAAAUUAGGUCUAUCAUGUUUGUAAUUAAUUCAAUUAAAUCUUAAGGCUAUUUUAACUGCAGUAGCUCAUAUGCAUUCUUUGAAUAUAAUGCAUAGAGAUUUAAAACCAGAAAAUAUUAUGUUAAAAAAACAAAAUGAUAUUCAUGGAAUAAGAAUAGUAGAUUUUGGAUUAGCUACAUGGCAAACUGCUGCAACUUAUCCUUUUCCUAAAUGUGGUACUCCUGGAUAUGUAGCACCAGAAAUAGCCAAUCUCAAAGAUCUUAAUUUUAAAUAUGAUAAGAUUUGUGAUAUGUUCAGCGUUGGUUGUAUAUUCUAUAAAUUGUAAUAUUAUUCUAAACCUUAGAAUUACAUCUAAAGAUUUAUUUCCAGGAAAUGAUUAUCAUGAAAUUCUUAAGUUAAACAAGAAAUGCAUAAUAAAUUUGGAUACUCUUCAUAUAUAUUCAACUCCAUAAUUAGCUAUAGAUUUAAUAUCUUAAAUGUUAUAGGCUGUACCACAUUAAAGGAUUUCAGCAUAAUAAGCUUUAGAUCAUCCAUUUUUUACUGGAACAUUUAUUGAUAGAAAAAUGAAAUUUCAAUCAUCUAAAAAGUAAAUUAAUAAUAAUAGUAAACCUUGGUAAACAUCAAAUUUCAAAACUGAAAAAUCUGAUAGAUUAUAAUUACCAGAAAUCAAAUAAAGAUCUCGAUAAAGAGAUGAUGAUAAUGAAGAAGAAGAAACAUCUAGAAUUAGAAUUCCAACAUUAAAUAGUCCUAGAUUAGCAUAACAUGCAAAAAAAAAAAAUUUGGCUCUUAACGAAUAUUCACCGACUGAUUUUCCUAAGAAAAGUGCAUUUAAGAAGUUUUCCACUUAAGAUUUUGAUCCAUUAACACCAGAUACUUAAUCACCUGAUUCUGGAAGAAUGAAUUUUAGUAAUAGUCCUAGACUCAUUUAAUAAAGUGUUAUAAAAAGGAAAUUCACAUACUCCAAAUUCAAUUAAUAAAGAUAAUAAGCCAUAUAUGAAGUUGAUGACGAAUAAAAACAUUGA